AUGGUUCCUGUUCUCCUCAUUCCGGCCAUAGGAGUGGGCCUGUACAUACUCCUCUACUACAACCUCAUCCGGGGGAGACAGUGCAAGAGCGAGCAGAGCCUGAGGGGGAAGACCGUCAUCGUCACCGGAGGAAAUGUAGGAAUCGGUAAAAUGACGGCUCUAGACAUGGCUAAACGAGGAGCUCGGGUUAUCCUCGCCUGCCGUAACCAGGAGACGGCGGAAGCUGCUGCCUAUGACAUCCGCAGAUUAUCUGGGAACAACGAGGUACUGUUCAUGAAGCUUGAUCUUGCCUCUAUGGCAUCCAUAAGGUCAUUUUGCAUAACAUUUCUUCAGAGUGAACCCCGGCUGGAUAUACUAAUCAACAAUGCAGGACUUUCAGCUAAAGGCAAGACUUUAGAUGGCUUCAAUAUGGUCUUCGGCGUCAAUCACCUAGGGCAUUUUCUACUGACUUAUUUACUUCUGGAUCGCCUUAAGCAGUGUACCCCAAGCCGCAUUGUUGUUCUUGCAUCUAAUGCACAUAAGUGGGGAAGAAUCAACUUUAAGAAUCUAAACCCGGCUGGUGAAACUUGGUUAGAAAUGUUUAGGACCUACAGUGACAGCAAGCUUGCAAAUGUCUUGUUUGCCCGGGAGUUGGCCAACCAAUUACAAGGAACUGAAGUGACUUGCUACUCUGUCCAUCCAGGGGUAGUUCUUACUAAUUUAGGACGCAGCUUGCCAUACUGGCUUCAGGUAGCACUCUUCCCUUUACUUUGGCUCUUCCUCCGGACACCCAUGGAUGGUGCACAGACCUCCAUUUACUGUGCUGUGGAAGAAGGAAUUGAACAGUACAGUGGACGUUACUUUAGCAACUGCCAGGUUCAACAGGUCAAGUCCCACGCCCGUGAUGAUGCUGUGGCCAAGAAGCUGUGGGAAGCUAGUGAGGAUCUCCUGAGCCUCAAAUAA